AUGGCUUAAUUAAAAUCUUCCACACAGGAAGACACUGAGCCAUGGUAUUCUCAGCGAGUGUAUGCAAAAUACUGGAAGCACUAUGACUUAGCCAUGCGCUGGAUGCGUAGACACCAGAAAGCCUACAGGAAAGCCAUGGAGUCCUUUUAUCACCUACCGUGGCAUCCUUUUGCAGCUUCUCCAAGUAGCCGCUACUCAGAUUGGGAUGGGGAUGAUCUCCCACAUACCCAAAACUACUCUUGCAGCUAUAGGCCACAUGGCAGAGCUCAGUACCAUGGGGGAGCUCAGCGCUACACAGACACCCGCCAAGGGAGGGAGGAUGCUGACAGGGACUCCGAAAUGGAGGAGGACUCUGAGUCUGAAGGGGAGAUAGAAUAUGACUUGAGUAACAUGGAGAUCACAGAGGAGCUUCGUCAGUUUUUUGCCCAGACGGAGAGGCACCGGGAAGAACUGC